AUGAGGAAACGAACGGCGUUGGCAUGGGGCGUUGCGAUCGUAUGCUUCGUAGUACUGAUGUUAGUUACUCCCGCAAUUCCUCAGUCCCAGGAAUAUCAUGAUUUUGCUGAUAAUCGUGAUUUUUUUGGAAUACCAAAUGCGUUGAACGUGAUUUCCAACGUGCCUUUCUUCUUUGUGGGUCUAGUAGGCCUUGUGCUUUGCUACUAUGGGAACUACUUUAAGCUAAGCUUGAAGGGCGAGCUUUGUGGCUGGACAUUUUUCUUCAUUGGUGUUGCAGCAGUUGCUUUUGGUUCCUGUUACUAUCACCUGGAACCUAAUGAUGCCCGCCUUGUGUGGGACCGCUUGCCGAUGACUGUGGCCUUUACAUCGAUCAUUGCUAUUUUUAUUAUCGAGAGAGUCGAUGUGCACAAAGGAACCUUGUCCAUUUUACCCCUGCUCUUGGCAGGUGUUGUCAGCAUUUUGUAUUGGAGGUUUUUCGACGACCUUCGUCCUUAUGCCUUGGUCCAGUUUGUUCCAUGCAUAGCAAUCCCAGUAAUGGCUAUAUUAUUACCUCCAAUGUACACACACUCUACAUAUUGGCUCUGGGCUGCAGGGUUCUAUCUCCUAGCUAAGAUUGAAGAAGCAGCUGAUAUACCUAUUUAUAAUUUGACCCACCAUAUUGUGAGUGGGCACACACUUAAGCAUUUAUGUGCUGCUAUGGUCCCAGUGUUCUUAACUCUUAUGCUGGCAAAGAGGGAGACCAUGGAAGAGAGGGUCAGUUUACUACAAAUGUGGAGGGUAUCAUGGACCAAGAUUAAAGAAAACGGCACCAAUAUAGAGAAUGUCUCGUAUCAAUAUUCUGUUAUCCCUGUGGAGGAAUCAAGAUAA